AUGUCAGGCUGGCGCAGUCUUAACGUCGGCGUUGUCGGCGGUGGCAUUGGCGGCAUGUGUGUCGCAGUUGCGCUCCGUCGCGCCGGACAUCAAGUGACCAUCUAUGAGAAGUCUGAUUUUGCAGGCGAGGUUGGAGCUUCAGUCUCAUGCGCCGCCAACGGAACCCGUUGGCUUCACGAGUGGAACAUCGAUGUCGCCAAGGGUGAUCCCGUCGUUUUGAAGAAGCUUAUCAACCGUGACUGGAAAACCGGCGAGCCAGUCAGUGUCUACGACCUUGAUGACUAUGAGAAGCGCUGGGGAUACGUCUACAACAUGUUCCACCGACAAUACAUGCAUGCCAUGUUGAAGGAUGCGGCCCUCGAUGAAGGAGAAGGAACUCCAGCGACACUCAAAGUGAAUCACCGCUGUCGCGAUAUCGAUAUGGAGACUGGCAAGAUUAUCUUCGAGCAUGGAGAGAAAGCACAACACGAUCUGAUCAUCGGCGCUGACGGAAUCGGAUCUGCCGUUCGUGGCAUUCUUGGAAUUACACCUGAAAAGCGCGCAUCGGAUCAAAGCUGCCUUCACACCAAUGUCACCACCGAAGAAGCAAUCCGACUCGGACUAGUUGACUACUCGAAGAACAGCGCAUUGGAAUACUGGGGCGGCCAAGAAGGAAAAUGGGACAAGAUCGUGCUAUCUCCCUGCAACGGCGGCAAGCUCCUCUCAUACUACUGCUUCUUCCCUCGCGAGCAAGGCGACUACUCAACACAGGCAUGGGGUGCCGAGGACCGCCCAGUCGAGGAACUUCUCAACCCAUAUCCCUCCUUGGACCGUCAAGUCUUUGAGCACUUGAAGAUCGGAACUGAGAUCAAGCCAUGGCGCCUCUGGGUCCACGACCCCUACCCUUACAUCCAGCGCGGAAAUGUCUGUCUCCUCGGUGAUGCCGGACACCCCAUGAUGCCGCAUCAGAGCCAGGGAGCUUGCAUGGCUAUUGAGGAUGCCGCAGCUCUCGGGAUUCUCUUCAACAAGCAGUACUUCAACGGAGAUAUUUCCCAAGCCUUGGCUGUUUAUGAGGAAGUGCGUCUGCCCCGUGCUACAAGAGUGCAGGCCGCAGCAGCAAAGGCAGCAUACAACAUCAACGAGCGAAUUGGAUUCUCCGUCAAUAAGGAUAUCCCCACAUAUAAAGUCGAGGACGCAAAAAAGGUUCUUACCAUUGAAGAAAUGAACGCUUAUGACAUGUACCGAGACAUCGAAGAGAAGCUUGCAGCCAAGCGCGGGACAAGAUAUGCCGACAAGUUCAUCUCCGGGCUCCCGAUCGGACUAGAGCUACCAAACGGAAUCACAAUCGGCGAAUCGAAGCUAUGA